AUGUUAAAAAGCCUCCAACAGCACUGUGGUGGGGCUGAAGUUGUUCUGUGGGCUGGUGCUGACUCAAGUCUUUGUUUUCUAUCCUUCCUAGAAAUUAAGAAGCCCCCCGUGGCCCCCAAGCCGAAAUUCGUGGCAGGACAGAAGGCGACGCCUCCCCCCGUGGCCCCCAAGCCUGAGGUUGUGCUGGCUGGUGUUCUGCAGGCAGCGAGGAGGAGCAAGCCAGCAAUUGCACCCAAACCCAAGGUUCUCAAGAGCUCCUCUGUCCCAGAAGCUAAAGCUCCAUCGCCCACACGGAAGAGCACAAACAGCUUUGAGGAGCACAGGGCAGACCCUUCCCAAACGCUUGACCACUUGAACCACAAGAAUGAAGCCUCAGAGGGCAGUCCUGGUAACUCAGCUUAUAUUCUACCCGUGCCAGCUUGCAGGCUGGAAUGCCUUCAGCAGCUGGGCAAUGGGGAGAGUGCCUGCAAAACACAGAUCAUCUUUGAGCACCUGGAGAACAUCAAAGCUGGUGACGAAAGCGCAGCAGCCGCAGGGGACAGUCCUAAAGACAAAGUGGCCAGUAGAACUCAGGUGGUGUUGAAAGCCAGCAUUUGGGAAGAGAAACUGAAGGAUGUCCUGAGCCUCAGUGUGUUUCCUACCAGCAGCCCUGUCAGGCACAGGCGUGCAGAGAAGCUCCACCAGGGGAACGGCAGCGGUUCCAGGAACGAUGUUAAAAUAGAGUUCAUGGAACUUGUGCAGUCAUCAGCUGAAAGGAAGCAACCAAAUACUGAUGGGAAGCUCACUGCUGAGGACCUCCAGGCAUCUGAAAUUUGUCCUAGACUGGCUGAAAAUCACCACAACUGCUCUUGCCCCUUGGACCAGGACAUCCUGGAACAUGAAGGUUUGAGUAGCAAUAAUUCAUUUCCAGGUGAAGCAGGUGUGAAAGCAGAGGCUGAUAAAGCUUCCCCUGAAACACCUUCAGUCCUGAACUCCAAAGUGCUUCCUGUCCCUAAGCCCAGGAAGCCACGAGCUGCUUGUCUGGUCCGUCAGGACGGCAUAGACACCCCGGCAGAAGGAGCAAAGGAGCCACCCAACUCGGAGAGAGAUUCCCUUGGGCACGGGGACCAGAGCUUUAAAAAGCCAGCAAAAAUUCAUGUCCUUGGGCAGAGUGUUUGUUACAACACCACCACAGAGGUGCUUCCUCCUGCAGAAUGUGAGAACACUCAGAGCAGUGCAGGCAGAGUGCAGCAAGUGAAGGAACCUGCUCCGGAAGAGUCAGCCUCACAGAACGCUUUGCCUCAGCCGUCACACGCAGCUGCUGGCUCGGUGGAGAGUGUUGAGUGUUCCUUAGAUGAGGACCAUAAUGUAGGUAACUCUGUGGAUAAGCUGCCAGAUGCCAGCAGAGUGCUGGAUGCUGUGGACAAGAGGACUAGCUUUGUCAGGUGUGAUGCUUUGUCCAUGAGUCUGCCAAAGCAGCUCAGAUUAACUGGCGCUCAGCACUCUCCUGCUUCCAGUAGCCUCCACCUUUCCCCGCCACAGCUGGAAGAUAAAGAGAUGAAAACGAAGGAUGAAAGUUCUCCAAAAGUCAUUCCUAAGAAACCCCAGAGGCACAGCCUUCCAGCUGCUGGCCUGCUGAAAAAGGCUGCCUCAGCAGAGCUGGUGGAGAAGAGUUCUUACCCCUCUGCUGAGGACAAGCCGAGGACUGUCAUGGACGGCUCCCGCUUCACCCAUCCAGCAGGCAGGGAGCAGAUUGCUCUGCCCUCCUGCCACCUACCCAAACGCUCUGCUGAGAAGCCUGUCUGGAAGUUGCCUCACCCUAUUCUUCCAUUCUCAGGGAAUUCUGAAUCACUGAAGACUCUCAAUGUUGCUGUCAACUUCAACCACCUGACGGUGGUGACAAAGCCCAGGGCCAAGUCCCUCUCGUCCGUGGACAUGGACAGGACGGACAAGCCUUGCAAAGACCAGCAGAAGAAAAACAGCUUGAAAAAGUUUCUCAACAUGAAACUGUCCGUUUGCUUGCUGAAAAGUGACUUCCAGAAGUUCCUCUCUAAGGGCAGCCAGUCAGUUGACAGUGCCAUUGCCACCCUCUCCUCUGGGGAUGGCUAUGGAAGCGGGAGCAGCCGGAACGCCACACCUGCAGGCACUGAGAGGAAAGCAAAGUCUGCCAAGGCUCGUUCCAUGGAAAUAAGCAGCCCAGCCUCACAGAAAAAGAGGCAGAGGAACAGAAGCCAACCUGAACUGCGAAACACCCCAAGGCUGGAGGCUGCAGAUGGCCAUGGACCUUUGGGGGAGAGCGUGUGCCAGGCAUGUGUGCCUACUGCGGGCAGCACCUGUGCCCCGGAGUACGAGAACGUGAGGCACUACGAAGAGAUCCCCGAGUAUGAGAACCUGCCCUUCGCCCUGGGGGUGAGGAGAGAGCUCUCUCUGGAGUGGCAGAACUCCAGCAGCCUGGAAGACCAGAGCCCUGCCUUCUAUGAGGUAGAGGAACCUAGUGAAGCCACGAGCAGGAGUUUGAGACUUGGCAGGUCCCUAGAAGAACACCAUGAUCAUCCCAGUGUGGUGAUGGGAGACCUUCAGUCAGAUGAAGAAGAUAUCAUGAACAGUUCUGAUGAAGAUGAUGACACAAAUUCUGACUCCAGCAAAGGGGAGCCUGACCCUCAAGAUGACAAACAGGGUAAGGCAGCUGGAAAGAAAACAAAGGUUUACCACAUUGCCAAGGAGAUCAUGAGCUCAGAGAAAGUGUUUGUGGAUGUGCUCAAGCUCUUACACAUUGAUUUCCGCGACGCUGUGGCACAUGCCUCCAGGCAGCUCGGGAAGCCGGUGAUCGAGGACAGAGUCCUGAACCAGAUCCUGUACUACCUACCUCAGCUGUACGAGCUCAACCGGGACCUGCUGCGGGAGCUGGAGGAGCGCUUGGCUCACUGGCUUGACCAUCAAAGAAUUGCUGAUAUAUUUGUUAAGAAGGGUCCCUACUUAAAGAUGUACUCCACUUACAUCAAGGAAUUUGAUAAGAACAUUGCACUGUUGGAUGAGCAGUGUAAGAAGAACGCAGGGUUUGCUUCAGUGGUCAAGGACUUCGAGCUGAGCCCUCGCUGUGCUAGCCUGGCCCUCAAGCACUACCUGCUGAAGCCAGUUCAGAGGAUUCCUCAGUACAGGCUGCUGCUGACAGAUUAUUUAAAGAACCUUUUGGAGGAAUCUGCAGACUACAGAGAUACUCAAGAUGCUCUGGCAGUGGUCAUAGAGGUGGCAAACCAUGCCAAUGACAUCAUGAAGCAGGGGGAUAACUUCCAGAAGCUGAUGCAGAUUCAGUACAGUCUGAAUGGGCACCAUGAGAUUGUGCAGCCAGGAAGGGUGUUCCUGAAAGAGGGAACCCUGAUGAAGCUGUCCAGGAAGGUCAUGCAGCCUCGGAUGUUCUUUCUGUUCAAUGAUGCCCUGCUCUAUACCACUCCAGUCCAGUCUGGGAUGUAUAAACUCAACAACAUGCUGUCCCUAGCUGGGAUGAAGGUUAGAAAGCCAACCCAGGAAGCAUAUCAGAAUGAGCUGAACAUUGAGAGUGUGGAGAGAUCCUUCAUCCUUUCUGCAAGCUCUGCUACAGAGAGGGAUGAGUGGUUGGAAGCUAUCUCCAAGUCAAUUGAGGACUAUACAAAAAAGAGGAUCACAUUUAACCCCAGCAGGAGUCUUGAAGAGGCAGCUCCAGAGAAACAGGAAGAGGAUAGUCCACUGGGAUCAAAGGCUCCCAUCUGGAUCCCUGACACCAGAGCCACUAUGUGCAUGAUCUGUACCAGUGAAUUCACCUUGACCUGGAGAAGGCAUCACUGCAGGGCAUGUGGAAAGAUUGUCUGCCAGGCUUGUUCAUCAAAUAAACAUGGCUUGGACUACAUGAAAAACCAGCCAGCAAGAGUCUGUGAUCAUUGCUUCAGGCAGCUACAGAAACAAGAUCACCAGUGCACCCCUAAGAGUGGCUCCCCAGUCAACCACAGAUCUCCAUCAAGUGCCUUGUCUACAGUCUUGCACAGCAUCCCCUCAGGAAGAAAGCAGAAAAAAAUUCCUGCAGCCCUGAAAGAAGUUUCAGCCAAUACGGAGGACUCUACAAUGAGUGGCUACCUGCACAGGUCUAAGGGCAACAAGAAGCCAUGGAAACACCUCUGGUUUGUUAUCAAAAACAAGGUGCUAUACACAUAUGCUGCUAGUGAGGAUGUGGCAGCAUUAGAGAGCCAACCUUUGCUUGGAUUCACAGUCAGUGAAGUCAAGGAUGAAAACUCAGAGUCCAGAGUGUUCCAUUUACUGCACAAAAACACUUUAUUUUACAUCUUCAAAGCAGAUGAUCCCCAUUCAGCUCAAAAGUGGAUAGAAGCUUUCCAAGAAGGCACCAUCCUAUAG